ACAUCCAAUUGUUCUUCUUGAAAGUGUCGGCACUUUAAGUAGUACACAUUAAAAUAAAUCGAACGUAGAGAGGAAAAUAAAGCCGUCUCGAUAUUCGCUCGAACGAUUAGAGUGUUUUUCGAGGAAGAGAAUAAAAAGUAAAAGAAAAAGAAGAAGAAAAUUCGUUGAACGAUCGUAGCGGAAGAAAGGAAGGAAGUGGAAAAAGAUAAAUAUUCCGGUGAAUAGUCUAACUGAAGGUAGUGCUUGCCACGUGAAACUGGUCGCUAUUUCGCCGGGCUAGACAAGCGGCAAAGGCUCGAAACCCCCUGGUUUCCCGCGCACAGUACGAGCGAAGCACACACAACUACCCCGACCAACCAACCGACGAGCCGAGCCGCCGCCACCAACCCCUACACACAACAACCCAACGAAGCAUCCCCCACUCUGAAUCGCACAACAGCCUGAGCGGAAGUGCUAGUCAGUCGGCGAGCGACCUUCCAACAUUACGGGUUAGGUUCCCUCUUUUUCCGCCCGUCGUGUCUUCGUCCUCGUUUGUCUGAACGCGGGGACAAGCUCCGUUGCGGUUCGCGUCAACGUGAAAGGGAGAACGGAGAUAGUAAGAGAAAGAGAGAGAGAGAGAGAGAGAGAGAAAGGGAGAGAGAGAGAGAGAGAGAGAGAGAGAGGGCAAUCACGCGAGAAGAUACGUGCCAUCUCGAGGAGGAGAGAUUACGGGGGGUUGCCGUCGCUUCAUUCAUUUUCUAUAAUAAAUCGUCAACCUGACGAUUACUCUCUACGACAUCCGCCGCAACCGCAUUUGAUACGUCCGUAGAAAAUCAGGAAAGAAGAGAAUACAAAGUGGAAAGUAGUAUAACGAGUAAAGGGAAAGGAAAAUAUAUAGGAUAAUGUCAUUUUGAACGGAUCCCUCGUUCCGUUCAAAAAAAUCAUUGCGAUAUUUCUCACGAUCGAUCAACUAGCAAUUAUAGUGUAUUUCUACUAUCGUUACCGAUCAUCAUCGAUCUUUCCUCGUACAUCUCCUAUCGGUAUAUCAAAGUACAACGAAUAACGAUUGUCUACGAUUAUUAUUUUCUUUAGGAACGCGUGUGUUACAUCUCUGUGCGAAUAUAAACGAUGGACCUAGAGAUCUUUUAGUUAAUUGUGAUACGACACAUUUGCAUACCGAGAAUACAUCGUUGAAGAGCCACCUGUUCGCGAAAGUGAAAUCGACGAUCGACGAGAAUUCCGAGAGAGGAAGAUCAUUACGCGCGAUAGCCGAUUGAAAUGGUGAGAGGAUAAAAAAGUGCCGCUAUUGUGAACGGGAAGGGAGGAUCGCGAUAAAUCGUUGUUGUGUACUUGUUGAAACGUUCGAGCAUGUUACUUUUCCUUUAAUACUCCGAUAACUAUUUCCUAUUCGAAACUCGUGUUGGCGCUAUAGUUGAAGAAAGUUUUCCACGGGAGAGAGAAGUCGUAGCCCUAGAAAGAGGAAGAUCGUAAACGCGUUCGUGAGAAGGACGUUCUUCGUACUCGGGAAGUUUCCGUUCACCGACGCUUCUCACACUGCCUCUUCUGGAGAUUGCGAUCGGAAGCUAUCCCAGCUCGACCACGUGGUUAUGAGUAAGCAUCAGAGGCGCCGUGACUUCUCCCGGUGAACGCACACGCUUAGCUGCUUCGUCUACAUUUCCACUCAGCCGAUCAACGACGACUACAAUUAUACCUUAGCUACUUUUCGGUAUCGAUACUCCUGAAAUUAGUCGGAUCAUUUUAUCGCGAUUAACAAAUUUGUGCACUAUUAUUGAUCAUUGAGCUCUAUUCUUCGAGUAUUUAAUUGACGCGUUGAAAGAUAUCCGAAAUAAUUUGAGUUUGUCGAGGCUGGAAAGAAAUAAAAAGUUUAAUUAAUAGUGAAAUAAACGUAAAGAAAUCGCACGUAAGUGAUCGAAGGUGAUCGAGUUGGGAAGAAAAGAAAGUAGCAAGAUCCCAGCCGCGGGGGAUCCCGAAAGGAAGGAGGGUCCAGCUGAGGUGGUCCAGUCCGGCUCAACGAUCGGUGUCAGGAGGCCGAAUCAGUCAGGCAAUUCAGGAGGGUGGGUGCAGUGGUGCAGUGGUUGCAGGAGGGCCAGCGAGGUUGGGGUGGCCUCGUCUACAGGCGCGUUGGCACCGAGCGCACCGGGCCCCGGGGCUGCGGUGGUGGGCUGCCUGCUUGGGGUGUACCCGUGUUCUCCCUCCUCCACGGGGCCCAGGGGGCCCCUAACUCAUCACCACCUUCAGGCUAUCCCGGCACCACAACAAACGAUCGGCUGCCGUGCCUGUUGCUGUGCGCAUACCAAUCACCAACCUUCUUCGGUCCAGCUUACUAGCCAACGGGGCGGCCUAUCGCUGAGGGUAGCGAGGGUGGCGUCCACCACCUCCGUCCGAGCCGCCCCCUACGCCCACCCCCAGCAUCAAGGGCUGGGGCAGGAGUGCAGGUGUAGGGAGGAGACGGGGGCAUUGGGUGGAGGUGGUGCGCACAUCCUCGGCAGCCCGAUGCUGUUCGUCCCGUUCACGGUGCCCACUUUCCCUGCGACGCACCAUCAGACGACUCAUCCUGCGCAUCAGACACAUCAUCAACAGCUGCAGGCCACCAACCAGAAUCCGGUGCAGCAGCCGCAGCAGCUCAACCAGCUGAAUCAGCUGAGUCACCUGAAUCACCAGGGCAUCGUGCCGCCGACAACCAAUCAACCGACUGUACACAGCACCAGCUGUUCGCCGCAGCAACAAGCGACUACACCGAACAAGGAAAUGAAAGUUAACUGGGCGACAUCGCCGGGCAACCAACCGAAGCAGGACACCAGCAAACACUACCACAUAUUCGUAGGAGACCUGAGCCCGGAGAUCGAGACGCAGACCUUGAGGGAAGCCUUCGCUCCCUUUGGCGAGAUCUCAGAUUGCAGAGUCGUCAGAGAUCCACAAACCUUCAAGUCUAAAGGCUAUGGAUUCGUGUCCUUUGUCAAAAAAGCGGAAGCGGAAAUCGCCAUCGGUACCAUGAACGGGCAAUGGCUCGGUAGCAGAAGUAUUCGAACGAAUUGGGCGACUCGCAAACCGCCUGCACCAAAAUCUGAAGCGAACGCAAAGCCGCUAACAUUCGACGAGGUAUACAAUCAAAGCAGUCCGACCAACUGCACAGUUUACUGCGGCGGUCUGACCAAUGGUUUGACGGAGGAGCUCAUGCAGAAAACGUUCUCGCCGUUUGGAUCUAUCCAGGAGAUUCGUGUAUUUAAGGACAAGGGAUACGCCUUCAUCAGGUUUUCCACCAAAGAAUCAGCCACGCACGCUAUUGUGGCGGUACAUAACACCGACAUCAAUGGACAGACGGUGAAAUGCAGCUGGGGAAAAGAAAGCGGAGAUCCCAACAAUGCUCAACAAACUGGACAGGCGUUAUCGUCGGCGACGUAUCCAUACUAUGCGGCGGCAGCAGCUGCCGCCGCGGCGGCGGCGGGCGUCGCGGGUGUCGGAGGCGUCGGUGGCGUCGGGGGUGCCGGCCAGCUCGGCUACUGGUAUCCGCCCCAAUCUUACCCGACAACGGCAACGCAGAUGCAAGCCGGUGGUUUCCUUCAGGGAAUGCAAGGCUAUACUUACGGUCAGUUUGCAGGAUACCAGCAGGCGCAGUAUAUGGGAAUGGGAAUGGGUGUCCAUGCUGCUGGCACAGCAGCUGGAUGGGGCCAAGGAUUACCUGGGGGACCGCAGUUACCACCACACCACGCUACGACGGUCACGGCACCCCCAGGGGUUCAAGCCGCACCUCCGCCUCCACCACCCCCGGCGCAAAUGAUGGCCUAUCCGAUGCAACAAUUCCAGCUAGCGGAUGAGGACUGGCUGACGCCUAGCCUUCUAGUGUGAUGGUAAGCAAGUACAUCCCACCGACAGGAACAACUUCUAAAGCAACAACAUUUACCACCAUCGACAGCAACAUCAACAUUUCCGUCACCAUCGACGCCACCGCGACAGCAAAAGCAGUAAAAAUCGUGCCGCUUCCGGCCUGACGUCUUGCGACACGAAGGGCAAUAAAGGUCGAGAAACGAAUAUAAUAUUAGCUUAACAAAACAUACAGAUGUAUGGGGGAGGGGGCGGGGAGUAAGGUUGAUAGAAAGUGGAAUAUAGAGAAGAGGAGAUAGAUAGAAGGAGAGAAGAAAAUAGAAAGAAGGGUAAGGAGGAAAGGUAAGGAAAGAAACGAAGAAGAUACAAAAGCCGUGAUAGAUUUUAUGCAAGAUCCUUCCAUCCUUAACCACCCCAUUACGAAUUUCCACUGAUCCUCCGUCGAUUUUAAUUGACUCAAGCUUGCAAAGGUGGAGAGGGAUAAAAGAAGAAGAAGAAGAGAAAACAAGUGAAAGAAAAAAAAAAAGAUAGAGAAGAAAUUCCGCUGUUGUUGAGCAAUCGGUGACGACAUCCUCUCGCGUUAGUCCGCAAGAGAUCUUAGUCUAUUUCUAGUCUCAAAUAAUUUUAGGUAGUGUCUCGCCGUGUCACGUUAGUGUCAAGCGCUUAAGCACGAAAACACACGAAUUCUCGGAUGCACGGACCAACCACACGCGUUCGCGCAGCAACAGUUGUCUUAGUUUUACUACAACAACGGCCGACUUUAUGAAUGCACAACGCACGCACGCUUGUCGAAAGAGAAGAAAAGAGAUAAAAAGAUGUAGAGAUAAAGAUGAAUCAAUCGCUUAGAUUAUGCACGCGCACGCGUCUACGAUCGUGCGAAAUCGAUCAUCAAAAAGUAAUUAGUCUCGUCUCCCUGAUCGCAUCUAUAUACAUACAUACAUACAUACAUACCCCAACCCUAUCCUUAUUCCCUUAAUCCUCUUGCGCUGUGUAUAGUGCGUGCUUUUCGAAGAAAAAUUUUUUCCAUAUGGACCCUUUCGUCCUAUGAGAGAGAAUAAAGUGGAAAAAGGUAGAGAAUCAUCGGAUACUGAUCUGUUUCGUUAUUUUUAUAGUUUUGAGCAUAAACGUGAAUA